AUGUGGUCACCUCUACUCUCGCUGGGGACAGCACUCGCGUUCGGAAUCGCUACUACAUCCAUACACGCCCAGCUGAUCCCCGAGUGUGCUCGUGAGAGUCUCGAACGUCGCCAGAGUAGCAACAACGGCAAUUGCCAGCAACAGCAGACCUACCAGGGCCAAUGCGGCACCAACUACGACUACACUGGCUUUCCUCAAGAUCAGCAAGAGCGUGCUGAAGCUGUGAUUGCACAGUUCAGAUUCGCUUGGAACGGCUAUCGCCAAUAUGCUUUCCCUCACGAUGACCUGCUUCCUCAGAACAACAGCUUCAGCGACUCUCGCAAUGGUUGGGGGCUGACGGCAAUAGAUGGCCUGGAUACGGCGAUCAUCAUGGAGCAGCAGGACAUUGUGGAUGAUAUCUUGCAGUUCGUACCAACCAUUGACUUCACCAAGAACAACUCGCCCAAUCCGACCACCACCUCCUUGUUCGAAACGACAAUUCGCUAUCUGGGUGGACUGCUAUCUGCGUACGACCUCCUCAAAGGCCCAUUCAGCGACCUGGCCUCCAACGACGACAACGUAGACGCACUCCUCACGCAGGCAAAAACAUUGGCCGACACCCUCAAAUUCGCCUUCAACACCACAACCGGCAUCCCAGUGAACGUCAUCAACAUCGACAGCCAGUCUUUCGCCGCGCAGCAGCAGCAGGACGGUCAGUACUACGCCGGCCUUGCAGAGUUCGGCACCCUGAUCCUGGAAUGGCAGCAUCUGUCCGAUCUGAGCGGGGAUCCGUCGUACGGUGAGCUGGCAUCACGAGCGGAAGAAUACUUCUUCAAUGCACAGGAGGUGUGGCCGGGUCUUACUGGUGGACAGUACAGCGUCGACACCGGUGCUGUCGUCGACCAGAGCGGCGGAUGGAUAGGGGGCAGCGAUAGCGGAUACGAAUAUCUCAUCAAGAUGUUCGUCUACGACCCGGACAAAUACCAACAAUACCGCGACCGCUGGGUCUCCGCCGCCGACUCCACCAUCGCGCACCUCAUCAGCAGCCCCAGCAGCCGCCCAGACCUACAAAUGGCCGGUGCCUACGUAGGCCCCCAAGUCAUAAACUACACCGAACAACUCGCCUGCUUCAUCGGCGGCAACUUCCUCCUCGCCAGCACCGUCCUCUCCCAAUCCACCUACCGCUCCUACGGCCUCGCCUUCAGCGAAUUCUGCGCCAACGGCUACCGCUACACCGCCUCCGGAAUCGGCCCCUUGCUCUACAGCUGGAACACCACCCUCCUGCAGAACCCCAACCUCACCGCCCAGAGCGACUACUACGCCUCCGCCGGCUACUUCAUCCCGGACCCGGACGUCUUCAACGGCGGCCAGUCCCCCGAGGCCGUCGAGAGCUGGUACUACGCCUACCAGACCACGGGCAACCAGUACUGGCGCGACGUCGCGUGGGCGUACACCGUCGCGCAGAACGCAAGCCUCGUCGUCGGGUCUGGGUUCAGCGAUUGCGUGAAUGUGCUGGAGCAGAAUGGGGGCGGGUUCAGUCCGACGCUGAAUCGGCAGGAGAGUUUCAUGUUGGCGGAGGUGCUGAAGUAUCAGUAUUUGAUCCAGACGCCGAAGCGAGGGAGUUGGCAUGUUCAAGAAGGCGAUGACAAGAAGAACGAGUUUGUCUACAACACGGAGGCGCAUCCGUUUCGGGUGAGGGCGAAGAAUCCGGUCUAA